AUGCAUUUAUUUAAAAAUAUUAGAUAUACGUCACAGUUUAUUUUAUCAAAUUAUAAAAAACUAAUAAGUAAUACCUGUAAUAAUAAUUUAACUUCAUUGUGUGUCAAAAGAUUUUUACAUGCAUACGAAGAUGAAUCAGCGAAUGAAGAUCCUUCCGUCAACACGGAGUAUGCAGAAUUAUCUAAUGAGUACUUGAAUCCAGCUCAAAAUGGACACGGAGUUUUAGUAUUGCAGCCGUUUAUUAAGUGGGGCACUGACAAAAAACGCAAUACAAAGCCUGAGCUGCAAUUAGCUGAAGCAGAAGCAUUAAUAAGAACAUUACCACGCUGGACAGUCGUCGAUUCUUUAUGCAUAUCACUAAUGACAUUGACGAAAAAGAAACUUUUAGGUAAAGGUAAUUUAAAAAUGCUUGAAGAACGUGUUAAACAAAAUUCACGAAUAACUGCUGUAUUUGUAAGCAUGAAUCUUUUACGGCCAGUGCAGAUUCAUCAGUUAGAAAAUUUACUUGGCGUCUCGGUUUACGAUCGUUAUUCAAUAGUCAUCCAAAUAUUUCGUGAACAUGCUAAAACCCCGGAAGCUAAAUUGCAAGUAGCACUUGCUGAGUUGCCUUACAUAUGGAAAAAAAUAACUUGGUUAAACGAAGACAGCGAAGGUCGAAUAAAUUUGUCCGAGAAAAGAAAGUUUGUUCUUCAUGCUCGCGAAUCUAAAUUACGGACUGCGUUAAAUAAAUUAAAGGAACACCGAAAAUUAAUUCGUAACAAUAGAAUGAGUAAAAAAAUACCGACGGUUGCGAUUGUUGGUUACACAAAUGCUGGUAAAACUUGUUUAAUAAGAGCAUUGAGUGAUGACAAGUCAUUGGUUCCCCAAAAUAAAUUAUUCGCGACACUUGAUACGACAACUCAUGAAGGUUUAUUGCCAUGCAGAUUGAAAGUUUUAUAUAUUGAUACUAUUGGAUUUAUUCAAGACAUACCAGAGGGACUUAUUGAACCUUUUGUUGCGACAUUUGAGGAUGCAAUAAUAGCUGAUGUCAUUGUUCACGUUUAUGAUGCUAGUCAUCCGGAUAAAGAAGCUCAAAUAGAUCAUGUCAGGCAGACACUUGAUAAUAUAAUGACUGAAUUGGAGAUACCGAAUAAACCGAUAAUUGAAAUUGCUAAUAAGUGUGACAUUGCACCCAAAGGCAGUGUACCUGACGAUGUUACAGCAAUUUCAGCUCUUAAGCUAACAGGUAUUGAUUUACUGAGAAGACAAAUAGAAAAACACAUACUAGAAGUAACUGGUCGUAAAUCAUUAAAAAUACGCGUACUCGCUGGAAGUAACAUCGCUGCUUGGUUGUAUAAAGAAACUACUGUUACAGAUAGUGAAGCUGAUUAUGAUAAUCCACAGUACAUGUUUAUAACGUCACUUGUUACUGAGGAACAAAUGCAUCGGUUUAAAAAAUUUAUAAAACAACAAGCUGCUAAUCGUGAAACUUGA